GGUAAAGCCAAUACAGGGUGGGUUUCAGAAUGUUUAGACCUUAAAGCGGAUAAGAACCAUACACAUACCAUUGCAAAUAUUACAAACUUACAAGAAACCUUAAACAGGAAAAGUGACGUUGGACAUACACAUACCAUUGCAAAUAUUACAAACUUACAAGAAACCUUAAACAGGAAAAGUGACGUUGGACAUACACAUAGCUUCUUCGCAACUGUUGGUAUAGAAAAUAUUGAAGGAACGGUUGAAGAAACUGGUGGGGAUGCAAUAUAUUGUAAACCUCCUAACUUUCCACAAGGUUUAACAUCGGAUGACGACAUAACAACGAUGAGAAACAUUAGAUGUAGAGAUGUUUAUGUCAUGGAGGAUGAACAUAAUAUUAAAUUCACUGCUCAAGAUUUAUAUGACAAGAAAGCAGACAAAACAGAGCUUCAAACAUUAAAGACAGAAAUACUUCAAACCAUUUACCCAGUUGGUUCUAUUUAUACGUCAAUGAACUCUACCAGACCAGAAGUAGUACUUGGUUUUGGAACUUGGACUCAAAUACUCGAAAGUUUUUUGUAUUGUGCACACACUCCAAAGAAAACAGGUGGAAGUAAAACGAUAUCUGUCGACAACUUGCCACCACAUAGUCAUUCUGGUACAACAAGUUCUAAUGGAAACCAUAGUCAUAGGGUUUGCAAACAAGGAUAUAACACUGUUUCUCAGACUUCAAUGCAAAUUCAAGUUAUGUCAAGAUCUCAUUUUCCAAACGACCCAGUAGACUGGAAUGGAAUGUGGACAGAUACAACUGGAAACCACCAACAUACUUUUACAACAACAUCUACAGGACUAGGUAAAAAAUACAUGCCACCUUACAUGACAGUUUGUGCAUGGUAUAGAAUUGCUUAG